UGAAUAUACUAUAUAGAGAUAAAUAAAUUAACUGUUUCUACUCCAAUCUCCCAUGGGCACGCAGAAACACAAAUAAGAAAAAGAGAAGAAAGAAAAAGCAAAGCUUUGAAAGGAAGAGAUUUGUGUAACACACUCGAGACUGUUUUAGUUCCUUUCUCUUUGUCUCUCCUUCAAGCCGGGGGUCAGAGACGAGUAUUUGUUGAUGGAAAGGAAAAACAGUUAAAGAGAGGAUCAAAUGGAGGGAGCAGAGGAAGAACUAGAGAGAAGAAGCAGAUUCUUGAACAGUCUCAUACAGAAGAAGAAAGCGAUUGAGCAGCAAGAACAGAAAGACCACAAGGAGAGGUUCAAUAUUCGAGUCAGGGCCUCAGACAUGCCUGUUGCUUUACAAAACCGGGCUUUUAGAUGCGCCAGGGAAUCCCUGGACUCCAUGCCCAAAAAGCUUGAUAGCAAACGCCUCGCACUUGCCCUUAAGAAGGAGUUUGAUUCAUCAUAUGGUCCAGCUUGGCACUGCAUCGUUGGAACGAGCUUUGGUUCUUAUGUCACGCAUUCACUAGGAGGUUUCUUAUACUUUUCCAUUGACAAGGUUUACAUCCUUCUCUUCAAGACUGCUGUCGAGCCUUUGGACCAGUAAACUUGCCAUGGAUUUGAAUUCCACGACCAUAGUGUGGUAUAUGGAAGGAAUAUCCAAAAGAUUUAUGUAAAUUUGUGAACACUGCAUCAUAUAUAUUCAUCUGUUUUUCCAUCAUGGAUGGUAUUCUAGAAUGAUUUCUAGAACAAUAACCUUUUAGACAAAGGUCUCAGUCCUGGAACUCAUUCUAGAUUUCUGGGUUGAUAGCUUAUAUUUCUUCUUUGCACACUCAAUGGUUUCUAGCGUUACAUCAGUAUUAGCCCCAAAUUCACUCUAUGGAAGUGUUUGAAAUGGA